AACAAGUUAGAUGUUGUGACUCAUUUUGUUGGGGAUUUGGAAGUGAAGACUAUAAAUCCAUCUAAAUGUCCUAAGCUUUUCCUUGAAGAAAUUGCUCAGGAUAUUCACAAAACUGAUUCACAUUGGGGAAUUACUGUGCUAAAAUACUUCAACCCUGUUGGCAUUCACGAGAUUAGCAAAAUUGGUGAAGAUCCAAAGGGCGUCCUAAACAAUCUGAAUCCUUGCAUCUUACAAGUAACUAUUGAAAUAUUCUCAGAGUUAAAUGUAGUGGUCAUGAUUAUCACAUGUCAAAAGAUAAUACAGAUACCAUGA